AGUCUUCUGAACUAGACGCGCCAUCGAACCCAUCGAACUCCAUGGAAAAUACACGUUGCUUCAAGCCAUGGCUCUUAAUCACUGUCCUCUGCCACUGCUACGUUCUUAUCCCACAAACAGCAAGUGUGGUAGUGUCCAACAUAACAUUACUGACUGAAUCAAAUCGCACAGAUUACGUCUUGCAAGGCGAAGCUGCUUUCCUGCACUGCAAUUACCAGACAUCACCUGAUGAAACUCUGUCCUCUGUCCGUUGGGAAUGGACUAGAAGAGGUUCGGAUGAGAGGACAGAGGUCUAUGUCUGGAGACCAGGACGAAGACCCGUUGCCAAAGAGAUAUUCUUCGGUCGAACUGAUAUUUCCAACACUGACCCAAGUGUUAUCAUCAUUAGAAGUGCCCAUAUGGAGAUGGAGGGGAAGUACCGUUGCUUGGUACAGACAAAUCAACCACCUGUAGAACACACAGAAUUUCAGUUAAUCGUUAUUGUUGAUGCAUGCAGGGAAAACGUUUGGUCUACAAAACUAAAUAACUGCUCUGAAACGAUACGAAUGAAUUGCGUGGGUUUAUUUCCAAAGCCGUCAGCUUCUUGCGGUGUUUAUGACGAAGACAAACGUGAAUUUGUUAUCAACUAUCCUUUUGAUCGCAUAGUUACAUUAAGAAAUCACACGUAUGAAGUAACACUCACGAAGCAUUAUGAAAUUUCGAACUGGACAGAUUAUAAAAAUAUAACAUUCACGUGUUAUUUUGUGAUUGAUGGAACUUCAUGGCGGCGUGGAAUCAAGUACAGAUUAUUUGGAGAUUACGGUUGUGAUCCAGAACCACCUUUACCUGGUCCAGGAACAUACAAUAUGUCAGAGGAAAAAUCAUGUUGGAAUCGGGCAAGACAAGGAGCAAUCGUCCACUAUAGUUGCAACAGAACAAAGAUCUUGCGCGGACCUGACACUCUUAUCUGCAAGAAUGGUUCAUGGUUGCCUGAAAACCCAUUGUGGACUGGUCCAAUGAAGCCUUAUUGCAAUUCUGCUCAGCAAAUGAAACUCAAUGUGACAAAAUGGAUAAGCUUUGUUGUUGUGAUAGUUACCCAAGUACUAUUCAACCUUAGGAAAUGA